UUCUCUUGUAUAUAAAUGAAUACCCAAAGACCUCAUCUUCUUCACAAUUCAGAUUCCAAAUUUCUCAAACAAUCUAAAAUCAUUCUCUCAAAUCUCUCAACCGUGAUCAAGAUGCAGAUCUUUGUUAAGACACUCACCGGAAAGACUAUCACCCUCGAGGUGGAAAGCUCUGACACCAUCGACAACGUUAAGGCCAAGAUCCAGGACAAGGAAGGCAUUCCUCCGGAUCAGCAAAGGCUUAUUUUCGCCGGAAAACAGCUAGAAGAUGGCCGCACGUUGGCUGAUUACAAUAUCCAGAAGGAAUCCACCCUCCACUUGGUUCUCAGGCUCCGUGGUGGUAUGCAGAUUUUCGUCAAGACCCUAACGGGAAAAACUAUUACUCUUGAAGUGGAGAGUUCUGACACCAUCGACAACGUGAAGGCCAAGAUCCAAGAUAAGGAGGGUAUUCCUCCGGAUCAGCAGAGGUUGAUCUUCGCCGGAAAGCAGUUGGAGGAUGGCAGAACCCUUGCUGACUACAACAUCCAGAAGGAGUCGACCCUUCAUCUUGUUCUCAGGCUCCGUGGUGGUAUGCAAAUCUUCGUCAAGACGUUGACUGGAAAGACUAUCACUUUGGAGGUGGAGAGCUCUGACACCAUCGACAAUGUCAAAGCCAAGAUCCAGGACAAAGAGGGUAUUCCUCCGGACCAGCAGAGGUUGAUCUUCGCCGGAAAGCAACUUGAAGACGGCAGAACUUUGGCUGACUACAACAUUCAGAAGGAGUCUACCCUUCAUUUGGUGUUACGUCUGCGUGGAGGUAUGCAGAUUUUUGUGAAGACUCUCACCGGAAAGACCAUCACCUUGGAGGUGGAGAGUUCAGACACUAUUGACAACGUGAAGGCCAAGAUCCAGGAUAAGGAAGGUAUCCCUCCGGACCAGCAGAGGUUGAUCUUCGCCGGAAAACAGUUGGAGGAUGGUCGUACCUUGGCGGAUUACAACAUCCAGAAGGAGUCGACCCUUCACUUGGUGUUGCGUCUCCGUGGAGGUAUGCAGAUCUUCGUCAAGACUUUGACUGGCAAGACGAUCACUCUUGAAGUCGAGAGCUCUGACACCAUUGACAACGUGAAGGCCAAGAUCCAGGACAAGGAAGGCAUUCCUCCGGACCAGCAGCGUCUCAUCUUCGCUGGAAAACAGCUUGAGGAUGGGCGUACUUUGGCGGACUACAACAUCCAGAAGGAGUCUACUCUUCACUUGGUGCUAAGGCUUCGUGGUGGUAUGCAGAUUUUCGUGAAGACUCUGACCGGGAAGACCAUUACCCUCGAGGUAGAGAGCUCUGACACCAUUGACAACGUGAAGGCCAAGAUCCAGGACAAGGAAGGUAUCCCUCCGGACCAGCAGCGUCUCAUCUUCGCUGGAAAACAGCUUGAGGAUGGUCGCACCUUGGCUGACUACAAUAUCCAAAAGGAGUCUACUCUUCACUUGGUGCUCCGUCUCCGUGGUGGUUUCUAAAUCUCGUCUCUGUUAUGGUUAAAGAAGUUCAUGUCUCGUUUCUUUUAAAAAAUUUGGUGGUUUGUGUUUUGGGGCCUUGUAAAGCUCCUGAUAAAUAAUUGAUGAACUCUGUUUCCGUUCCUGUUAUCCCUUUCUUUCUAAUGACAAAUCGAACUUCUUCCUA